CCUGCGGCGCGGAGUGAUGGCGGAGCUGGACGUGGGGCGGCACUGCCAGGUGGAGCGCUGCCGGCGGCGAGAUUUCCUUCCAUUUGUGUGUGAUGGUUGUUCAGGAGUAUUUUGCCUUGAACACAGAAGCAGAGAGUCACAUAGCUGCCCUGAGGUAACUGUAGUCCAUGAGAGACUGAAGUCAGAUAAGCCUACAUCUUAUCCAUGCUCAUUCAAGGACUGUGCGGAAAGAGAGCUUGUGCCAGUUACAUGUCCUUAUUGUGAGAAGAAUUUUUGCCUGAGGCACCGUCAUCAAUCGGAUCAUGAAUGUGAAAAAUUGGCAAUUCCUGGGCCUCGUAUGGUUGCCACUCAGAAACUUGUUAAAGACAUUAUUGAUUCUAAGACCGGAGAGACAGCAAGUAAACGAAGGAAAGGUGCAAAAAAUAGUGAAACAGCUGCAAAGGUAGCGUUGAUGAAAUUAAAGAUGCGUGCUGACGGAGAUAAGUCAUUGCCACAGACAGAAAGAGUUUACUUUCAGGUUUUCUUACCUAAAGGGAGCAAAGAGAAGAGCAAACCAAUGUUCUUUUGCCACCGAUGGAGCAUUGGAAAGGUCAUAGACUUUGCAGCUUCUUUAACCAGUCUUAAAAAUGACAAUAACAAAUUAACAGCCAAGAAAUUAAGGUUAUGUCACAUUACUUCAGGAGAAGCCUUACCCUUGGAUCAUACUUUGGAAACCUGGAUUGCUAAGGAGGAUUGCCCUUUAUAUAAUGGUGGAAAUAUUAUCUUGGAAUAUCUUAAUGAUGAAGAACAAUUUUUAAAAAAUGUUGAUUCUUACUUGGAAUAGUCAUG